AUGGGUCAAGGUGGAUUGGGAGGUGGACAAGGAGGUCAAGGACUGGCAGGAAUGAUAGGUCAAGGAGGUCAAGGUCUGGCAGGAAUGAUGGGACAAGGAGGUCAAGGUCUAGGAGGAAUGAUGGGGCAAGGUCAAGGACUUGGAGGAAUGAUGGGUCAAGGUGGUCAAGGACUUGGAGGAAUGAUGGGACAAGGAGGUCAAGGAUUUGGAGGAAUUCCAGGGCAGGGAGGUCAAGGGUUUGGAGGAAUGGGAGGAGGUGGUGGACCAAAAUGGAACUGUGCACAAUGUACUUAUGAAAAUGGACCAAAUUCAUUACAAUGUGAAAUGUGUCAGGCAGUUAAAGCAUAG